GACGGACACGUGGUGCGUGCGGCUGUCAUGGCGCAGGUCGCGCUGCUGCUGCGACCGUUGGGCGGCCGUUUAACCGUCUUCCGUCAGAGCGCGCGCUCGGCCUCGCUCGCCGCAGCCGCAGCCGCAGCGCCGGGCAGAGAGGAAAGCAAAUCCUCAUGGGUGGGAGUUGUAGGAUUGGAAGUUCAUGCCCAAAUAUGUUCAAACUCCAAACUUUUCUCUGGGUCAUUGGUGCAGUUUUCAGCACCUCCCAAUUCAUUGGUAUCAUUUUUAGAUGCUUCACUUCCUGGCACAUUACCGGUUCUUAAUAAACGGUGUGUGGAAGGAGCUGUGAUGACCGGCUUAGCUCUGAACUGUACAAUUAAUAAGAGAUCCUUAUUUGACCGAAAGCACUACUUCUAUGCUGACUUGCCCGCAGGAUAUCAGAUAACGCAACAAAGAUGUCCAGUCGCUGUUAAUGGAAUGCUCACGUAUAAUCUAUGCACUGGGAAGAACAGAAAUCAAACAACACUUAAAUCGGUGCGAAUUAAACAGAUACAACUGGAGCAGGAUAGCGGAAAAAGUCUACAUGAUGAUGCAAGAUUUCAAACAUUGAUCGACUUGAAUCGAGCUGGGGUUGGUCUAAUCGAGAUUGUUAUGGAGCCGGAUAUGACUUGCGGGGAAGAGGCUGCAGCAGCAGUUCGAGAACUGCAACUUAUCUUACAGCAGCUUGGAACAUGCCGUGGAAAUAUGGCAGAGGGACAGUUGAGAGUGGAUGCCAACAUUUCUGUACAUCAACCUGGGGAGCCUUAUGGUGUGAGAGCUGAAGUGAAGAAUAUCAACAGUGCUCGAUUCUUGGCAAGAGCAAUCGAUUAUGAAAUUCAGAGGCAAAUUGAAGUGCUGGAGAAUGGAGAAAUAAUAUUAAACGAGACGAGAGCAUUUGAUUAUAAAUCGGGACGGACCAUACCGAUGAGAGAUAAAGAGGGAAAGCAAGACUACAGGUUCAUGCCAGAGCCGAAUUUGCCUCCAUUGAUAAUUUAUGACAACAAAACACUCCCCUCUAAUGUGAAUCAUCAGCAAGUAGUGAAUAUUGACCAGAUCCGUGAACAAAUGCCCGAGUUACCGAGUGUUAAGCGAACAAGACUGGUGGAAAAGUAUAAUAUCCUCACUGAACACAGCAUCACAUUAAUGAGUGAAGAUGGAUUGAUGGAAUUCUUUGAAACUGUUGCGGAAAACACUCUGGCCAAUCCCAGGAAGGUGAUCAGUUGGAUAAUUAAUGAGUUCCUGGGAUUUUUGAAACAGAAUAACCUUACAGUACGACAAAGUCCCUUCAAGCCUUUGGCCUUAUCAGAGCUGCUUGACCUUUUGGAAAAAGGAGUUGUUUCAUCUUCAGCAGCAAAACAGGUGUUCACUGAAAUGUGCAAGAAAGAAGGCAAAUCAGCCUCCCAGAUAGUGAAAGAAAAAGAACUGGGAUUGCUCCAAGACCAAGCAAAACUAGAACAAAUCUGCCAGUCUAUUAUUGAAAAUCACCCUAAGGAGGUUUCUGAAAUUCAUAAAGGAAACUGGAAGGUGUUAAAUAAACUGAUUGGACAGGUUCAGAAGGCAACACAUAGGCGGGCUGCCCCCAACCUGGUGAAAGCCAUUUUGGAAAAGAAACUGUCCUGAAAGGGCAGAUUGCACACAGAUGAAAAGAAAAAGUGAUUCUAUAAAGGGAAACGUUGGAUGAAUGGGAUCUGGAUCAUCAUAUUCCAACUUAGAGCAACACAGAAUUCUUGAAAAUUUGUAUGUUACAGAUGAAAUAUGUACCCUAUAACUAGAGUAUUUUACAUUUGUGCUCGUCCAUUAUUUGCAGUGAACAACUGUAAUAUAUACCCUGUUGUGAACUACCUGAAUCAUGCACAAAUAAAACAAAAAUAUCUUAAAUAUAAUUGACU